UUCCAAUCUAUUAGAGUACGCAUGUGGCAACUCGUUGUUGUACUUACAUGUACCCUAACCUCUAAACAGUAGUGACGCCGAUUAAGCGUAAUUGUUACAGUAAACAAAAAUGGCAAUGGAUAUUAGACCGAAUAAUACGAUCUACAUCAAUAAUUUAAAUGAGAAAAUAAAAAAGGAUGAGCUCAAGAAAUCCUUAUACGCAAUUUUUUCUCAAUUUGGUCAAAUAUUAGAUAUUGUAGCCUUAAAAACAUUAAAAAUGCGUGGACAAGCAUUUGUUAUUUUUAAGGAAAUUGCUAGUGCCACAAAUGCAUUGAGGUCAAUGCAAGGAUUCCCAUUUUAUGAUAAACCAAUGAGGAUACAAUAUGCAAAAACCGACAGUGAUAUAAUUGCAAAAAUGAAAGGCACAUAUGCUGAACGACCUAAGAAACCAAAACGUAUUGUACCUGCAGCUGACGAAGAAGCUAAACGUGCUAAAAAGCGAGCCAAAGAACAGGCUAAACAUUCUCAACAAAUUGGUUAUCAUGCUGGUGUACCACAACAUCCAGGUUUAGUUAAUACAGCUGUACCCGAACAACCACCAAAUCAAAUUCUGUUCCUCACAAAUUUACCAGACGAAACUAGUGAAAUGAUGUUAUCCAUGUUGUUUAACCAAUUUCCUGGGUUUAAAGAAGUACGCUUGGUACCAAACAGGCAUGACAUUGCAUUUGUUGAGUUUGAAAACGAAGUUCAGUCAGGAGCUGCGAAAGAUGCACUUCAAGGAUUUAAAAUUACACCUUCUCAUGCAAUGAAAAUUUCUUUUGCAAAGAAAUAAACUACAUGAUAUCCUAGUUGAUAUGGAAAUGUUAUCAAGGAAUGAACAAAUGCGUGUGUGUGUUGUAACUGAAGUAUUUAGAAAUGUAUGCAAUGCGUAAUUAAUCAAGGAUGAAGAUUUAGAAGCAUAAAUCUGAAACAUACCAUAUACAUUCAAGAACAUUACGUGUACAAAAUUUUAUGUAAUGUAUACAUACAAGACUACACACUGUAAAUAGGAAUUAAAAGAUAUAACAUUUUUCAGAAAUACAUCCGUCAUGUGGGACUAUUUUUUAUUUAAUUAUAAUAUAAUUAAAUGUGAAAAGUAGAAACAUUUCUAUAAUAAAGUAAUUACAAUGACAUAACUCAUACAAGAUAUAAAA